UACCAGUGACAAGUGAUCAGCUGUGUUGCCUUUCAUUUGCAUCAAUCUGUCUGUGUCCCAAGUAGAAGUAGGACGAAGUUCUUGUGUUGUUUUCAUAUAUUUACCUGCACACACGUCAUUGGACAUUUAGUUAUAUUGCGCGGAUUUAAGUUGCAUUAAAUACAUUUUAACUAACAGUCCUAAAAAGUUCUCUUUUGAUGACAACAAACUAGUUUUAGUUCACCCUUUACACCAUGGGAGGAGCUGUAAGCACCGGGUUGGACAAUGAUGACUUGAUCGACAAUCUUUCCCAGGCCCGGUACAUCAAGACACCGGAGAUUGAAAAAGUGUUCCGGGCAGUCGACCGAGCCACUUACUUUCUGCCAGACUUUAAGAUGAACGCAUACAAAGACCUUGCCUGGAAGAGUGGUAACAUCCAUAUCUCCGCGCCAUGCAUCUACAGUGUUGUUAUGGAGCAUCUGAACCUCAGCCCGGGUCUGAGUUUCCUCAACAUCGGCUCCGGCACUGGCUACCUCAGCACCAUGGUCGGCCUCAUUUUAGGUCCGUUUGGUGUGAAUCAUGGUGUGGAAAUGCAUGCUGAUGUUAUUAAAUAUGCGUACGAAAAACUCAGCGAGUUCAAAAAGACCUCACCAGCUCUGGACUCUUUUGAAUUCUGCGAGCCAGUCUUUGUAAAAGGUAACGGACUGUCAUUGCCAAGUGACAUCCGCCAGUAUGACAGAGUGUACUGCGGUGCCGCCUGUCCGGAGAACCAAGAGAGCUACAUCAAACACCUGAUCAAGGUUGGCGGUGUACUCGUGAUGCCUCACAAUGAUCAGCUGUUUCAAAUCACCCGAGUGUCCCUGACUAAGUGGGAGCACAAGAAUGUUCUGCCCGUAUCGUUUUCCACACUUCAACAGCCAACUACAGCUGACACUAAAGCCUCCAUUAAGCUACCUGACGCCGAGCCAAUCCCGCUUCAAGCCGUCUGCCGCAGUUGUAUCCGACGCACACUGCGGGCCAACGCAGAGCGAGAGUUCCCUCAGCUCACCAAGCCACGACCCCGCCGAGUGGUCCUCAGGAAGAAGCCAACCAUCCGCAACUUGGUGAUUCCGUUCGUGGAUUCGUCAGAUGAUGAGAUGGAGAUGUCAGGUCCAGGGUUGCUGAUAGGUGGUCAGACUGGUGCUAGCAUCACGGCAGUGUUUGACAUGGGCCGUGGGCAAGGAGAUCACAGGAGGUUGGUCCUCAGAAGUGGGAUUCCGACAAACCGGUUGCGAUUUAGGCAAGUGGCGAGUCCGCCAGCAGACAACAACCAGAGAGAGGAAGAAGAAGAGACUGAUGAGACUGAUGCAGUCGAGGAAGCGGGAGCCUCGGCAGGACCUGCUACUCGGCCUAGCGAUGUUCCGAAGCGUGAGAAAUUUGACAGUGGAGUCGUCGAGGAUAUGGACAACGAAAAGGAACUUGCAUCAUCAUCUGAUGAGGAUGUCAACAUAACGUCAGAUUCAGAUUCAGACUCAGACUCAGACAUGGACAUAGAUCCUUUAACCCACUUUUUCGUUGAUAACCAUAAAAGCGAAGAUGAAGGUCUUGAGGAAGAUAUCGCACCUCAGCCGAAAAAAGGCUCGGGCACCAGCGCCUCAAAUUGUAACAAAGAUGAACCAGGGUUAUCUUACAGUUCUGUGAUGAAGGACAAAAUCCAAUCCCUUCCACUGCCUCCAAUGUUGAAGUCUUACCUUAAUUACGAUCGUGAGUUUUAACUACCUUCCGUCUUGAAAAUCUGAUUCCGAGAUAUUUUACGCAAGAGUUUUAUCAGUUAAGUAUUAAGUAAAUUAGCAUUUGUUACCUAGUUUUAUUACUCUGAUUGUACGGCAAAGCAUUAAAGGUUUUAUUUUACCCCCUUCCCUUUGCAAAGUCAUCACUAUCCCAACGGAAGUUCUGCGGUUGGAAUGUGAGUUUUGUUAUUUUAAGAAGGGUGGAUGCGAGGUUUGUACUUGUGUAUUAAUGUUUUCUUUCCACUAUUCAACAGUUUUUUGUUGUGAAUGCUCAAUAAAUAGACGAUAGUAAUGCUUUGCUAUUUUAUUGUAAAUAUCUUGAAAACUGAACGGGAGGGUUUCAUUAUUUAGAUUUGACAAUAGAUCGACUAAUGGCUCAAAAUGGGAUUUUAAACAGCUUUUGCCAUCAACUUUAUUGCUGACAAAUAUUUCAAAAAAGCUUAAACACAAAUUUUCAAUAACAUUUUAGAAAAUACCGAGAUUUUAUUUGGGAAAGAUAAAGAUACCAGGCUAGAUAUUAUAAUAUAUUAUGUUAAUGGCAAGUCGGAACUAUUGUCGCCGUUCUAUUGGUUGAUCUGGACCCUCAAAGGUAUUGUCCGAUUAAAAUAUUGUUUUUAAGAUAGUUUUGAGAUGUUAACAGGAAAGGACUGAUUUUUUAGGCUUCAUCAACAAUAAUUUUAUCAUGUGAAAGUUAUAUUUUGUUUAACAUUAGUUCAUUUUAAAUUAGGAUAAAUUAAGUAUGUAGUGUAUUUUUGUAUAAGAUCGCUUUGUAACAUUGCUUCGUUAUAUAACUUUGACCAGAUUUGUCUCAAAAGUGUUAGUUCAGAAAUUUAUUCAGCUCCUAUCCAAGCUUUGGAAUUUGUUUUUUGAUUUAAUAUUUAAAUUUAAAAGUUCUCUUCUGAACUAAUUCUAUUUGGUUUUAUUUUAUUAUGAUUUACUUUUUGGUUUUGCACUUUAAAAAAAUGCUGGUGUGUCCUUAUUUUGUUUACUCAUUCCAAUAGCGAAGUAGUGCAUAACUUGAAGGACAAGUAAAAGAAAUUUGUGCAAAAACGUACAAAUCUGUUGGUAUAAAAAAAAUACUAAAGUAUAAAAAUCCAAGAUAAUUUUAGUUUUAACCUCUCUCCUGGCUAUAACAUAUAUUACAUUUUUAGUUUACGGGACUAUGUCAUACAGUGGUAGCCAUCUGAACAAAAGGAGUCCAUAAAAACUUGUCUCGAUUCUUGUAAACAUCUAGAAAUAUUCCUCACUCAACAAAAGAUUAAACUUGGCAGAGUGAAUGUAUAAGGCCUACUCAACGUAUAAAUCUGUGUUGGCCGUAUAGUGUGAUAUAUUUUAUAUGUAUAGUGUUAGUCAUCGUAAAUGUGGAUUUGAUAGAUAUAUUUAUGUACCCAGACCGUUGUAUAUACUUAGUGCCUUUCUUAUAAGUUGUAGCAAAGUUUUUACUUUUUUGCGAGACGUCAAGUCUUCACGACUGUUUCAACGGAAUGUAUCCUCGCUGUCUGUUUUCGUUUAAAGAGUUCUAUCUGUUUGUUACUUGUGAAAUAUUUUGGUCUGAAUAAAUUAUUGGUACGAAUUAAAUGUUUUUAAUUUA